GUUCAGCCAUUUGUUAGCCUGCCAAAGUUUCUGUGAAAACGUCUCUCCAAAAUGUUGAAAUCGGUUUCAGGCUCACUAGCCAAUGUCCUGAAAAGGUCUUUAGUUCCGGCUGUGAGGGUCAGUGCAGUGAUUCCUUCUAGAAGAUCACAUGGUGGCCCAGUGGAAUCUGAUGAAGAAUUUGAUAGCAGAUAUGAAGCUUUCUUCAAUAGAAAAGACAUUGACGGGUGGGAGAUCCGUAAAGGCAUGAAUGACCUCUGUGGUAUGGAUCUGGUGCCUGACCCAAAGAUCAUCAAAGCUGCUUUACAUGCCUGCAGGAGGGUGAAUGACUAUGCCCUAGCAGUUAGGUUUAUUGAAGCGUGUAAAGAUAAGUGUGGACCUAAAGUGAAUGAAAUUUAUCCAUACAUAAUUCAAGAGAUCAAGCCUACGCUUACCGAACUCGGCAUUGACACACCAGAGGAACUUGGCUACGACAAACCAGAGUUAGCUUUAGAGAAUGUUUAUGAAAUGUAAGGUCGUCGAUGAUAUCUAUCAAAUUAAGUUGUAGAAAUUUAUAUAACAGUUUUGUUGUCGACUUUUAUUUUAUUUUUAAUUGUGAGAAGAUACAUCUUCAAUCCAAGUAUUCUUUGGUCUAUCCCACAAAAAACCACAUGUUUUGUCUAAUGUAUAAAACCUUAGAG